AUGGCAGAAAACUUCUUCAGCAAUGUGCCGUUCGUGCCCAGCGAAACCUCAGCUCCCGAAGGCCAAUCUACAUCGACUACGGUGGAAGAUUCGGCUGCUAGACUGAACCCAUUUUUGUCAUCAUCCGCAUUUCGUCCGCAGCCCAACUCGACAAGCCUCGUGUUUGGCCAUCCUGCAUUUGGCAAUUUUGUCCGGGAAGGCUCUGCAACAAUUUUCGGAUCCUCAAGCAUCUCACCACAAGCUCCAACAGCAGAACGUGUCUCAUCAUUUGUACCGGUGACGAAUGUCUUUCAGCCAAGUCCGUUUCAGGGCGCUCUCCCAGCGAUUCCUGCGGCCCAGAAAGACUGCGGCAUGGCAGCUUCGGAGCAUUCACCCUUUGCUACAUUGAAUUCUCGCAGACAGGAAGAAGAGCUCAAUGCGACUGGCGGCUACCUCCAGCUAGUCCGAGCAGGCUCCCGGGGGUCUGAUGGCCGCCGUCUGAUCGACGCCAAGCUGGAAGAAAUCAAAACCACACCGCUGUUCUCUGAACAAGCUCGGCUCGCAUUGGGGGCCGGAGUUCUACAGAACUUGGGGUCCGCCGAACAUCCAUUCCCACAGUUUGGCCUUUUGGGCAUGCGUGAAGAAACAUACAACUCCAGCUACACCGGGGUACCCCAGACGCUGCCUGCUGAGGAUAAUCUGGUAUUUGCCAAUAUGAAUGCUCCAUGGUCUGCAUUCAUAUGUGGUUCGCAAGGGGCUGGCAAGAGUCACUCACUGUCGUGUUUGUUGGAGAACGCGCUUUUGAGGACUUCUUCGGCUGGCGUCAAUCCGCGACCUUUGGCAGGACUUGUUUUCCAUUUUGACAAGUUUACCAGCUCGGACAGUACGCAAGUAUGUGAAGCAGCAUAUCUUUGUUCAGCCGGUGUGCCGGUCCGAGUUCUAGUCUCACCCAGCAACUUUUACGCAAUGAACAAUCUGUACCGCAACUUGCCUGGGCUGCCCAAGAACUGCCCCAAGCCGCAGGUCAUCCCACUCCGCUUCCGCGAACAACAAUUGAACGUCGCGAGAAUGAUGACCUUGAUGGCGGUCAAGGACGACGGACAGUCUCCAUUGUACCUGGAAGUCCUUUACAAGGUUCUUCGAGACAUGUCCAUGGAGAACAAGGGCUCAAGCGGUCUCGACUACCUCAAUUUCAAGUCUCGUCUGAAUGCACAAGGAUUCUCCGCCGCUCAAAACGGACCUCUUCGGUUGCGACUACAGCUCCUUGAGGAGUUUCUCGCCUCCCGUGACCAGUCUGCGGAAUCUGCCCAUGUACUCGACGGUGUUUUCCACUCGGCACAAGGCAGUCUGACAAUUGUUGAUCUCAGCUGCCCUUUUGUCAACGAAAAUGACGCUUGCGCACUGUUCAAUAUCUGUCUGUCCAUCUUCAUGGAGAAUCGAGGAGAGUGUGGCAGAGUCAUUGCGCUUGACGAGGCUCAUAAGUUCCUCACAAAAUCAGGAGAGGCAGAAAAGCUGACAGAGCAGCUCAUAUCACUUAUCCGUCAGCAACGUCAUCUAGCGACCCGUGUUAUAGUGGCGACACAAGAGCCAACUCUCUCCCCAAGUCUGCUGGAUCUUUGCAACGUCUCCAUUGUUCAUCGCUUCAACUCGCCUGCCUGGUUUAACGAGAUGCGGGGUCAUCUUGCUGGUGCCCGAUUGGGUAGCGACUCAGACAAAGAAGAGUUAUUCGAAAUGAUCGUCGGCUUGCAGACCGGUGAGGCUUUGGUCUUCUGUCCUUCGGCUCUUUUAGAUGUUGGGGGUGGCGACGUUGAUCGGCUGAAAGACGCCUUCAUCAAGAUUGCAAUCCGUUCACGUGUCACGGUUGAUGGCGGAAAGAGUAUCAUGGCGUCUGACGAGAUGGACGUGGUUGAGGCCGAAGAGCCUGCCAUUGAAGAAUUGCUCCGACCCUUUACUGUCCCUGGACAGUCCGCCGUCCACAAGCCGUGUGCUUCGGCACGGGGAGGGGACCCCUCGGCAUCACGAAAUGAUGCCAGGGCGGCGGCCCCGAGAGCCCCAGAAACCAUGCGAGCCAAUCGGCAAGCAUCAUCUCCGGUUCGCGUCCAACAUCAGCCAGCAGCCGGACCCCAAACCCGAGCAGCAGCUCGCAGAUCUGCAGGUAAUGCCUCAGCGGCCUCAUCCAAUCUUGGGAGGGCUGAAUAUUCACGGCUUGCCACUUUUCUGGAGAGAGAGGUCACACGGUCUUUGCUCAAUGAUCAUCGCCUGCUAAAGUACGAUGUGCCGCUGGCCGGCCGGUUGCCCAGUUCACUGGAAAAUGGAGCACGAAAGUCAUACGUGACCAAGCUGUAA